UUCAUGCUCCCGAAGAUGGGUAAUGCACCCUACUUUUGAAGAAAUAAUUAAGAUCGCUCUAACAGCUUCAAUAAUCACCAAAAACAGCCAGAUCGUCCAAAAUCCCAAUAAACUAUCAAAACUCAAUUUCUUUUUUCUAAGUUUUUAUUCAUCGACUAAUUUAACAUUCCUUGUCAACAGAGUAUAGUGUUCCGCGUCAAGCGUCACCCUCAAGUGGCCGGCUUCGAACAGUGCGUGUCCUUCGGCGCCUUCAGCUCGGACCAGCAGGAGAUGGUCUACAACAUCUUCUGCCUCUGUGCUGUGUACUUCUUGCCGCUGAUCGUCAUCACCGUCUGCUACGUGUGCAUCUUCUGCGAGAUACAUAGGAGCAGUAAGGAGUUGGAUGAGAAGUGCGUGCACCGCAGUAGUGUGGGUCACGUGCGCCUGCGCCGCUCGGACCGGCGCGUGCUGGAGCGCGCGCGCCGCCGCACGCUGCGUAUGACCGUCACCAUCGUCGCCGUGUUCGCGCUCUGCUGGCUGCCCUACGCGACCAUCACUAUGUGGUAUAUGAUAGACCGUCAAUCAGCGUCCCGGGUGUCUCCCCGCGUGCAGGACUUGCUGUUCGUGAUGGCGGUCUCCAACUCCUGCAUGAACCCACUGGUCUACGGCUCCUACACGCUGGACCUCAAGGGUCUGCUCAGGCGGCUGCUGAAGAAGACUUGCUGUACUUCCUCAGCUGCUUCCGAUAUUAUGGGUAAUUCCGGAUCCAGUUCAAUAAAGAAUAGGAAUAUGAACCUCGAAACACCUUUGAUGAAAUCUAAUAAGAGCAACAAAGUCCGCACUCGCCUAGGAGUACGUUUCGCGGAGACCUCGUUGACGGCCGUCCCCGACCGGCUGGAGGUGCCCCGAGCGCCGCGCGGCCCCGCCUGACACCCGCCACCGCGCCUGCGCUGCGCACAGCACGAGCGCUGCCGGGUGCUCAACCAGUACUACAGCGAGAGAAUCGCGACCGUGUAAGACUUGAACUCAUACAGGGAUGGAUUAUAGUCAAAGUGAUGUUAUUGGCUGCGGUUUUGGUUUUAUUGGUUUCUGGCUAUGAUAUGAUAAUAAUAAAAUAGUGUCGUCAUGGUUGAAGCUUCCGGAUUUUUGUAUGCACGAGGUGUAGGUUUGAUCCCGAUGUACUAUCUUAAUUUUUUCAAGACACCAAAAACAGUGAAGGGAAACAUCGUGAGAAACCAAAAAAUCAGUAAUCAUAUAGGUAUUUGAGACCUGUCCAGCCGUAGGACUUGCGAACGGUCAUGAUUAUCACAUUGUAAAGAAUUAUUUUUUCAGACCAAAAGUUUGAUUUCGAUAUUUUUUGUCGGAAAAGUAGUUUGGUGGUAUAUUAAAUAUUUAGUUCCUUAACUCAUCCGUGAAUUGUAACUUUGGUUCGACGAAUAAAAAAAUAAAUAACUCACAAAAUACUUUUAUUUAAA